AUCUAGGUCAUUGAACUACACACAACACUCAUUUCGUUAUUUAGAAGUGAGCGAGCGGUAUGAGUAGAACAAAAUAUCCAUUUGACUUCUACGAUAUCACAUCGUUAUUUCCUCACACUCCCUUACUGUAGAUCGGCGUCCUUUGCACCUUGUUCCGUGUUCAGCAGUCACGCGGUUAUUAUGCUCUGGGUUGCAAGAGUAGGCCUGUGUGGACUUAAUCAACGACUUGUGUCAAGAUUCAACCAGCUACCAGUGGUGCUAAUCUCUCGUUGCAACAUGUCGUCGACCGCGUCUGCACAUACUAAGAAGCCCAUUUCUCUACUAGGAACUAUGGCAUUUGGGGGGCGCGCUGACGCGACGCUAAGCCACGAAAUGGUCAAAGUGUUUCUGCAGCACGGGCACAAUGAUGUGGACACUGCUUUUAUGUAUACAGACGGCCAGGCAGAGACAGUUAUUGGUGAAAUGAAUCUUCCAAAAACAGUGAGCAUUGCCACCAAAGCCAACCCCUGGGAUGGGAAGACCCUGAAACCUGAGAGUGUUCGGUCCCAGCUGGACAUCUCCCUGAAGAGACUGAAGAGCGACUCUGUUGACCUCUUCUACCUCCAUGCCCCUGACCACCAGAACCCCAUCCAGGACACCCUGCGGGCCUGUGAUGAGCUCCACAAAGAGGGGAAGUACAAGGAGCUGGGUUUAUCAAACUAUGCCUCCUGGGAGGUGGCUGAGAUAGUGUGCAUCUGCAGAAACAACAACUGGAUAGUUCCAACGGUUUAUCAGGGGAUGUACAAUGCCACCACCAGACAAGUGGAGACAGAGCUGCUUCCAUGUCUCAGAUACUGCAACAUGAGGUUCUAUGCGUACAACCCUCUGGCAGGAGGUCUCCUCACAGGCAAGUACCACUUUGAAGAUAAAGAUGGCUCUCAGCCUGCAGGACGCUUCUUUGGCAACAACUGGGCGGGGGCCUACAGGGACAGGUACUGGAAGCAGAGCCAUUUCCAGGCUAUAGACCUCGUCAUGAAGGCGAUGGAGACGGCUUACGGAGUAGACAAACCCUCUAUGACCUCAGCUGCACUCCGCUGGAUGUACCACCACUCACAGCUCAGGGGGGAUCUGGGAGAUGGAGUCAUCAUCGGCAUGUCCACCAUGGAGCAGCUCCAGCAGAACAUGUCGGCUUCAGAGGAGGGUGUCCUGGACCAGAGGGUGGUUGAAGCCUUCAAGCAGGCCUGGGACCUGGUGGCCCACGAGUGUCCCAACUACUUCCGUUGAAAUCCCACCUCCAUGGAAAUAUUACAUCUAGCCUAGACAUUGACUCAUUACCAUAAUUGCCUUUAAACGUGAUAUGCAAUUUUCACAGUGAUCAGUAUUGAGAUGUUGCUAUGCUAGAAGUAUAGAGGGCAACACAAUAGUUUUUGUGGAGCUGGGGAGAGAAAAGCAGAUACAAAAUGUACCCUGCAAUUUAAUGGUUGGCACUUAAUUGUAAAUAUUCACAUUUACAAAUAGACGUUAUGUUUUCAGGGGAAAAUCUUUUCUGGAGGCUGUGUCUUCAACUGUAAUAAAUUGAAUAGUGUAA